AUGUAUCCACUAGAGGUCCAGAUGCCCUUCCUCAAUAUGAAAUCGAAAUUUAAGGUGCCAGACAUUGCCUCGCUGGACGAACACAUCCUCAUCUUGUUCCGGAACAUCUGCCCAGUUACACCAUCGCUUCCAGUAGCCAGUUCCUCUGGAUACGACCAUGACCUGUUUACUAACUGCACUAACGGAGAACUUGUGUCAAAGUUCAAGUUCUGUGAUGGGAAGUUCGACUGCAAAGAUAGAAGUGACGAAUCAAAUUGCGACGAGUACAGAUGCCCAGGCUAUUAUCCAUGUUCAGGGGAAACAUACUGUAUUCCCCCAAGUCAGCUGUGUGACGGUAUACCGCAUUGUCCAGAUGGAGAUGACGAACGUAUGUGUCAGAGCGAGUGUCCACCGUCUUGCAUCUGUAGUGGACGAGUCAUACGUUGUGAUUCAAAUUUUAAUGAGACGCAUCAAAUUCCAAAAGAUGUCCGGAAAUUAGAUCUAUCAGGGAUGAAUCUUCAACUAAUCGACGUUGAUUUUUUGGAUUUGCAUUAUCUGACUGUCCUCAUUUUGUCAUCCUCAAAUAUAAUUCGGAUGGAAGGAGUUUUUCCAAAGUUUCCAAAUGUUUUAACGUUAGAUGUAAGUCACAAUAUGAUAUCUCACCUGGUUAAAGAUUCCUUCUCAAAGUUCCCUAAAUUGAGACACCUUGACUUAUCCAACAAUGUUAACCUCUCAAACAUUGACAAUGGCACAUUUUUAGAAGUACCAGAACUAGAACAAUUGAAUUUAUUCAAUACAUUUAUCAUGGAAUUAAAGGCAACAAUUCUUUGGGGCCUUUCGAAUCUCCGAACACUUAAUAUGUCCGCCUGUCAUCUGAAUUACAUCAGUGUUGGAUCAUUCUCAAGCUUGCAGUUCCUUGAGUAUCUUGAUAUUCGCCAAAACAACAUACUACAAUUUUAUGAAGGAAGCUUUGGGGGCUUAUCGUCACUAAAACAGUUACAAACUGAUUCAUACAAGCUUUGCUGCGAUUCUGUUAGACCUAAAAGUCUCAAUAAACAUGACUGUUUGUCAAGUCAAAGUACCAUUGCUUCAUGUGAGGACCUUCUGGGCCAAGAUAUCCUUCGAAUUCUGCUGUGGAUCAUUGCUGUGAUUGCUGUUGUUGGAAACAUCCUGGUGAUCAUAUACAGGUUCAUUUAUAACAGAAAAUCCCUUCAUAAAAGCUAUGGUGUACUUGUGACAAAUCUCUCAAUCGCUGAUUUCUUCAUGGGCCUCUACAUGAUGAUCAUUGGAUUUGUGGAUUCAUCAUUUAAAGGAUCGUACGUGUGGCAUGAUUAUGAAUGGAGACAUAGCACACUAUGUGCUUUCGCUGGCUUCCUGUCCACCUUAUCCUCGGAAGCUUCGUGCAUCUUCAUCACACUUAUCACGUUAGAUCGACUUCUGGCCGUUGCCUUUCCGUUUGGGCAAUUCAGGUUUUCCUUAAAGACAGCUGGUUUGACUGCAGCAAUUAGCUGGAUUAUUGCUAUCCUCCUAGCAGGUAUUCCUCUAUUACCUUCACUGAAGUGGAAUCUCUACUCCCAGAACAGUGUCUGUCUUGCACUGCCUCUUUCAAAUAACCGACAACCAGGAUGGCAGUAUUCAACUGGGAUAUUUGUGGGUUUCAACUUUGUCAUGUUCCUACUCAUAGGGAUUUGCCAAGUUCUGAUAUACAGAGCAGUUACGACAUCAUCCACGAUAAGAUCAUCUAAGUCCAGUCAUGACACUACCAUUGCCAGGAGACUCAUCCUCGUCGUCCUGACAGAUUUCCUCUGUUGGUUCCCUGUUGGUGUCAUGGGGGUGCUGUCACUACGAGGGGUUCCUAUAGAUGGGGAGGUAUAUUCUUGGACUGCAGUAACAGUGCUCCCUGUGAACUCAGCUUUAAACCCGGUAUUAUAUACAAUUCCAAGUAUAGUACAGGCCUGGAGAGAAGCCAGAAAGGAGGAAAAGUUAUCAUCUACACGAGAAACAGGACCAAGCAUAGCAAAUCAUCCGAUGAAUCAUGUACGGACCUACGUUGGCGUCCCGGCCCAUGACAUGGAGACUCUUGAAACAACCAUGCAGUCACGUGAUGUACCUCGGGACGUGAAGUGUGACCUUAUAUGCCUCAUCGUCGUCUACAUUUUGGAUCUUCACCAGAAGAAGAGACACUUCGAGCCAGUCAGUGAUGAAAACAUAUUUGUCAGCAGGUGUAAAAAGGAUAUACUGAAGGUUUGCCUGUCAUUGGAAAGCCGACCAGAUCGACUCGCUGUAUCAGAGGAUGUUGUGUACCUCAUGCAGGAGGUCAGGAAACAGUGCGACGUCAGGAAACAGUGUGACGUCAGGGAACAGAGUGAAGAUGUCACUAGCAGCGAUGUCACAACUGCCAUUUGA